CUUCACAUCAACCGUUACACACCUUUCUCUAUUCUACUUCACCUCCCACACCGCCCUCAGCCCGCCUCCAUUCGUUGGUUUGCCGUCCUUCGUUUUCCGGAACCUCCACCCACCACCACCACCACCACCACCACCACCGCCGCUAUCACAAUGAAGGCCUCCCAGAUCCUCGCCGUCUUCGGCUUCACCACCCUCGCCCUGGCCCAGAGUGAGAGCCUCGCCCCCUCUCCCACCGAGAGCAUUGGCUGUGAGCCUCACGGCGACCAUUAUACGUCACCCCCCACUUCCCAAUAUUCCUUUGGUGAAAGCCAGUUUACAGAGAUUGCUAACACCCACACACGGCACUGCGAGGCCGCCCGCCCUACCACCGCCGCCGCCGUCUCUUCCGGCACGACGCUGAGCACCGCCGUCGCCGUCACCACCACCGCCACCGUCACCGACGACCACGACCACGACGAGGACCACGACCACACCGCCGGCACCGCCAGCCUCGCCCCCUCGCCCACCGAGUCCAUUGGCUGCGAGCCCCACGGCGACCACUGGCACUGCGACGGCCCUGCCACCGCCGCCGUCUCCGGAUCGGCCACCGCCACCACCACCGUCGCCGUCACUACCACCGCCCCGGCCUCCACCGGCGCCGCCGCCACCUCGGCCAACGGCACUGCCUCCACCACCACCGCCGUCCCCGCCGGUGCCGCCCGUGCUGGUUUUGGCGCCGCCGCCGUCGCCGUCGCUCUCAUGGCCCUCUAAGUACGCCCUCGAGGAAUAAUGAGAGGGGAUUCGUGGCUUGCGUGGUUGAAAGCGCAGCAAAAUGUACUUUACGACGCGGGAAACAAAAGUUUUUACGGAAACGCGGAGACUCUGAUUCAUGAAAACAUGACUUGGGAUAGGGGAAACACUCUUAUUCGGCGUGGCGAGACCGGGAUAUGAAAAACAAUGGGAUACACACACACACACCCUUACUUACACCUAUGAUUCUGCCGGCCGCCCAUGGCGUUUUAACCUCUUUUUUCUGAUUUCCACUCCGUAGAAGGGAGAUGGAUAGUAAUUGUAGCAUUAGAAGAACAAGAUUCCGACUGCCAUGA